GUAGGACGGUCGCGGCCGAGCAGGCUUUCUCGAGGUGAGAGUGGACCGAGCGGAGCGCCGGUCGCCGAUACGUCGCUGGGCGUCUCUCACGAGGUGCGGGAAAAAAUCGCGGCGGAUUCGGGCCGCGGGCUACAGGCGCGUCGCCAGGAUCGCCGGUGCGAGGAGAGGUGAGGAGAGAACCCGUCAAGUGCGAAGAUGCGUCUCCGGUGCGUGCUCCCGGCCGCGGUGCUGCUCCUCGCGGCGGCCGAGGUCGCGGCCAAGCGGAAAUUCGACGGGGACUUCGAGUUCGCCGAGGAGGACGACACUCGAGCCCCGAAAGCCGGCGACAAGAAGCGGUGGAUUUACGACCCUAAAAACAAGCUCUGUCGGUCUCUGACCUGCGAGAAGAAGGAGAUAUGCCUGAUGGAGGACUCCGUCACGGCGGUCUGCGUGUCCACGAAGAAGCUCCUGAAGUACGGGGACGUCUUGGUUCCCUCUCGAGCCCAACAGCAUCGGUCGAGGAUGGAUGCCACCGUCGACGCCGACGCCGAGGACGACGACGCCUUCUACGAUUCCGAGGACGACUACGAGGACCAGGAGGAGACCAAAUGCCAGGAGUGUCCGGUGAUCAAGCCCGUUUUCCUCUGCGGAAACGACAAUCGAACGUACAGCUCGCCCUGCAGGCUGAGAUACCACAAUUGCAUCCAUUCCACUUCCGUCUACGUCAUGUGUGCAGGAUUUUGCCCCUGUAAACGGUUCGACUUACACUCGCCGGGGAAGAAGCUGCAGAUGCAGAUGCAGAAGUCGCUGACGGGGAAGACGAGCCGCAACCGCGACAUCACCCUGACCCCCCGCGACUUCAAUUACGACAAUCACCAUUAUCAGUACCUCAAGUACUCGAAGCGCGCCAAGGCCCUGGCUUUGAGCAACCGACGCGACGACAGACAACCCAUGAACAACGAGGUGACGGAAAAGACCCCCUCCGCUCUGCGCCCGGCAUACAACUCCCACGCGCAGUCGACCAGCAAAAAUGGAGAGUGUCCACCAUCGGGCAAACCCGCGAUGGCGAAUCGUCUUUUGGACUGGUUUUCAGUGGUCAUGGCAGACGCUAAACAUCGACGUCAACGCUCCAAGGCCAAAGGGCACUUCCCACCCGGCUGCCAGAGCGAGGUCAGAUGGAUGUUUGGCCACUUGGACCUCGACGGAGAUGGCCGAAUCUCCCUUUCGGAGCUCUACGGAUUGGAACACGACCAGAACGAGCCGUGCUUGAAGCCGUUCCUGGACGCCUGCGACAUCGACGGGGACAUCUUCGUCAGCGGUCCCGAGUGGUGCGGGUGCUUCUCCAAGGCCGAGCGACCUUGCGCAGCGGUUCGCAGACGAUCAUCCCCGGAAGUCGCUCCGUCCUGUGACUCUCGAGGAUAUUAUCGAACCACCCAGUGUCAUCGAGAUUUGGGGCUCUGCUGGUGCGUCGACCCCCACGGCGUAGAGUUCGCCGGCACCAGGAUUCGCGGUGAAAAGCCCGAUUGUGACGCAAUAGUGAAGAAGAUAAGCAACGGCGGCCUAAAGACGAAUAGCGUGGACCUCGAGGACGACGAGGAUUCCGCGCAGGACCUGGAGGGAUCCGCGGACCAGCCUCUGGAUUUCUAGAACCCCGAAGACCUGUGACGCUCUUCGUGGCUGGACGACACCUCUUUCCUUGAUCGUAACGAACGACGUCUGCCUAAGAUUGGUCAACUUCGUCAAAGGAGCUCGUAGGUCUCGACGUGGCCGGUUCGUCUCGCCGUGCCGGAAGGAGGUGUCGCCCUGCUCGCGCCUCGACGACCUCGAGGAGCGCAUCGUAACGCCUCCCUAGUUGGGACACCUCCGAGCACACGACUCACCUAGAAAUAAUAUAAUUACAAACUAUUUAUGCAUUUAAAAUUAGAGAGACGUUACCGAGGAGGCGGAGCAGCAGGAGCGAGUACGAGGGAGGAGAGGAACUUACCGACUACACGCCGACGAGCCGUACACUCCAUGACGCAUUACAAAUUACUACCUAGAAGUACAGAAUACUCUUUAUCAUUUCUAAACGGUAGGUCUACCGAUACACACGUAAUAUCUAAGCAUCAUAUACCGUCUUUACGACUCACUAUAAAUAUGCAAAUAUCUAUAUAAGACCCAAGUUGGCUGAGAGGGAAAGAUCCGGGGAUGGGUGGGGAAUAGGGCCAUUAUGGUGUUUAGAGGAACACCCCAGGUUCGGGAAAAAUACGUCGAGCUUUAGUUAUGUUUUACGAAUAGUUUAUUAGUGGCUGUUGCUAGUCCGUUGUUCGACACGGUCUUUGGUGAAAUUAGUUGUUACUCCUAUUUAUUUUUGACCCGCGACUCGAAACGAGCCUCGGGGUAGGUUACUUUGCCUCUCGUAGCCAUCUUGCUUUGCGACGUUUUAGUAUUACUGUAAGAUAUAAAAAUCGAAGACUCGAGGAGGUCUACGCGGUUCGUUACCUUGUCAAGAAUGUAUAACGUCAAGCCUCGAUUUUAUACAUUUUUUUCAACGUAUGCGGCCCAGGGACGAUGCCGAUCGUGCCGAUCGUGUCCAAUACAUCGUCAGAGUGAUGUGAAAUUCCAGGUGUGACUCCCAAAAUUAAUAUCUAUCUUUCGGGAGAUUUGUUUACUUCUCUCUCCGACGGAAACUUGGGUCUUGGUACACCAGUUGGAAAGUUACAUAUUUUCAAUACGGCACUUGUAUUUUGCUAUUAAAGCCUCUUUUGCUAAUCCCGUAUUUUGGCUUACGAAGAGGGCAACGAAUCGAGGUUCUAAAAGGUGUACAUGUUUUCAAUGCGAAGAACACUUAUCGAAUAUACCCAGGUCUUUUAUGGGGUUGCACCUGGCAUUGUCCUUGAGCUUGGAACGAAAAUUUCGCGAAACCGGAACCAACCGGGCUUCUCGAAAGAGUGCACCGAUCGAUUCCUUUCGGAGCCGCAGAGAUUUUGUUGCCGCCUCGCUAAAGUACUUAACCGUCCCGCAUUUAGUAUGUAAUUAACGCUUAAUUCAAGUUACCGCGUAGAGGGUAGACUCCUUGAGGAUCGACGGAGUGUCGGGACGAUCCUCGGCAGAUAGACGAGAAAUAUAUUAUUCAAGGCAAUAAUUCACUUUGUCCCGCCGUAGCGAGGAAGAGAGCGCAGAUAGUCGACGUCGUUCUUCCGCAAAAGCCUAUCGGGAACGGUCAAGGUGUUUUUACUUAGAUAUUUGACUUAAAGGAUAUACGCAGUACGCUCUAGAUACUAGAUCGGCAUGUAACUCAUAGAGAAGCGAUCGGUGUGUCUCAAGCGGUUACGCCUCUCGAAAGGGCAUUUCCACGUCUGCUCAGCUAAUUCUUCCGGAAAUCGCAGACUCGAUGUUCGCAACUGCUCUUCAGACCCGAAGACGCGUAUGCCUCUUCGUUAGACGUGUAGUUCGAUAAGCAGGCCGAGGGCCAAGCGACGUAACGAUUUUACUUUCAAAGGGAAAUCCGCUUCUCUGUCGUCGUUAAAAAGAAAAAAAAAUCGAACCGCUCGUUCCGAAUUGCCAAGAGUCAAGGGGAGAUUUACCGAGGAUUGUUCUCCUGGUUUCGAGGACGUCUUUUCGCUUUGUUUCCUUCUUUCUAAACGCGGUCGUCCCUUCGAUUGGACCGGGGCAAAAUCCUGCUGGAACACUUAACCGAUUCGUAUAAUCCUUUAGGAGUAUAUUAUAUCUACAUGCCAUUUAAUCGAUUACGAAGGAUCAGUCACGGUGAACUCGUAGCAGAACCCUUGCUACGUCUAAAAGCAGAACUAUGAAAACUGAGUAUGUGUCCGUGUGUGCAUGUCGAACCGAGUGUCCAAGAGAGAAAGGAGCGAGAGAGUCGCGUUCACGUACACACAUUCCUCACACUGUCGACCUAGAAGUAAUUAUAGUGAUUCCGGGAUAUAAGAAAAAAAAAUAAUAAUACAGAGAACAAAAAGCUCCGGCGUUACCUCUUGCAUUGUGUAUAUAAUGAUAUAUACAGUAAAAAGGAAGCAUCGUCCGAGACACUCGUGCGUGAUUUUUUGUAAGGUAUGCUCCGGAUCAAAGCGUAAAGAAUUUCUACUUAAUUUGGAGGCUACCGUAGAUGUCCAAUUGAUAUUGUACAUGUGGCUGUAAGGAUUCUUUAUGAAUAAAGAUUGUUGUAGA